AUGGACACGACUAUCUACAGUGGCGAUUGCCGACUAUCCGUCUUCAACAUCUCUUCUCAAGGAUUAUGGGAGAACCUAAAAUCGCCCGAUGUGAUUUUCGGGUACUCGCUGCCUCUCCUGGAGAUGCAAAUACUACUUAUAUUCUUCUUCAUUGUCAUGUCUCACAUGUUCCUUAGAUGCAUCGGCGUUUCCCAGAUCGCUUCAUAUAUGAUUGCUGGAAUUAUUCUAGGGCCUCAGCUUUUGGAUGUUUUAGAGAAAUCUUCAGGGAAACUAUCCGUGGAUCCUGCGUUGGAUGGAACCGCGAUGUUAAGAUGCAUCUCGGUGUUUGGAAGCCUAAUGUUCACGUUUUUGAUGACUGUUCGAACCAGCCGGCGAGUAGCGUUCCACAGCGGGAAAUUACCUGUUGUGAUCGGGAUCGUGUCCUUCUUUGCUCCUCUGUUUGGUCUCGGUUUCAAAAACGUCUUCUCUAACAGCAUUGACCCUCACUACAUGCCUCUGGAUAAAGCCCUAGGUGAACGCACCGCAAUAGUCAUAACCCAAUCUGCGAUACUUUUGCCUUCCACAACAUUUAUCUUGCUAGAGCUCAAUAUCCUCAACUCUGAGCUUGGUCGCCUCGCAUUGUCCGCUACUGUCAUUAAUGACAUCUUAGGGAUCUUUUCCAUGACCCUCGCCUCUAUUCAAGCAACCUACGUGCAUGUUUCACAUGUAACAGCUUACCGUGACGGUGUCGCGGUGUUCAUCUUUCUUCUCAUCGUGUUUCUUGUUUUUAAGCCGAUUGUGCAGUGGGUCAUUGACCGCACACCAGAAGACAAGCCUGUGAAGAAUGUAUACGUUCAUGCCGUGAUUCUGACAGCAUUUGCAUCUGCUGCUUAUUUUGCGUUCUUCAACAUGAAAUACAUCUUGGGACCAUUAAUGAUUGGCCUCAUCAUACCGGAAGGUCCACCGUUAGGAUCGGCCUUGGAGGCUAAGUACGAAAAGCUUACGAUGAACAUAUUCUUACCAAUCUCAAUCACAGUCAGCACGAUGAGAUGUGACGGAAUAAGGAUCUUAACCGAGUUCAAUGACAUCUUCGUCAACAUCUUCCUAACAGUUUUAACACUUGUCCUAAAACUGGUCGCAUGUCUUGCACCUUGCUUGUACUACAAGCUACCUCUCAAUGAAUCUAUCGCUGUUUCUCUCAUCUUAAGCUACAAAAGUUUCACUGAUUUCAUUCUCUACGAAGCUGUAUUGGAUGACACGUAUAUAUCGCAGGCCACAUACGCGUUCUUGAUCAUUUAUUCGUUACUAAAUGCUGGGAUUGUCCCUCUGGUCUUAAGGAGCAUGUACGAUCCUAAACGAAAGUACGUUAAUUACCAGAAAAGGGACAUAUUGCAUCUAGAACCAAACUCACAUCUUCGAAUCUUAACUUGUUUGCACAAACCAGAAAACGUCUCUGAGAUCAUUGCAUUGCUCCAAUUGUUAUCUUCCCCAAACCUAGAUUUCCCCAUCGCGGUCACAGUUCUUCACUCUGACGAUAAUUCCAUAAGAAAUUUAAACCAGCAAUUGCUAGACAGUGCGCCUUGUUCUAUAGGCAUACUAGUGGACCGCGGGCAGUUCUCACGAAAAAGUAUUGUAACAAGCAAAAAAAUGUACAACAUUGAUGUUGGUGUGGUCUUCAUUGGAGGCAAAGACGAUCGAGAGGCACUAUCACUGGUAAAAAAGAUGAAACAUAACCUUAGGGUCCGUGUAACCGUGACCCGACUCGUAUUCAACAAUGAAGUAGAGCCAAACUGGGAUAACGUUCUGGAUAAUGAAGGUUUAAAGGAUGUAAAGGUUCGAGAAGAAAACAAUGAUAUUGUUUAUAUAGAAAGGGUUGUGACCAGUGGUGCAGAGGUAGUCACCGUUGUCCGAUCGCUUGCUGAAGAGUACGAUCUUAUGGUUGUUGGGAGAGAUCAUGAUAUGACAUCAAAAGAAUUGUCAGGACUAAUGGAGUGGGUCGAACUUCCUGAGUUAGGUGUCAUUGGGGAUUUGCUGGCAGCUAGAGAUCUCAACUCUAAUGUCUCGGUUUUAGUAAUUCAGCAACAACAACAACAAGUGUGA